AAUGAAUCCCUAUCAGUAUCAAGCACCACCCACAGGCAUCGAAUUAGUGCCUCGACCUUUGAAAAUGAAGCUUACUGUUAGAGCUGUUGGAGCAAAUUCUUCAUCACAUGGAAGGCAACGAACAGUUGGACAGUUACUGGGAGUUAUUUUUGGAAUAUGUCUUGGUUAUAUUCUUACAUCUACAAUUAGACACUUCAUGUUAAAUCCUCACAUAUGUUUUUCUAAGCACAAUAUUCCAGUAUAUGAUAAUAUCAAUGAGGCUUUUAGAAUAAUAAAGCAUGAUAGAGGUAAAGAUACUCACAAUAGUGCAAAAAGUUUAGUUUUUGUUGGAGUUAUGACUGCAAGUAUGUACUUGAACACUCGUGCCAAAGCUGUUUAUGAAACAUGGGGAAGAGAACUACCAGGAAAGAUUGCAUUCUUUACCUCAGAAGCAUCUGUUUCAGCUGGUGAUUUACCAGUCAUCAGAUUAAAAGGUGUUGACGACUCUUAUCCUCCCCAGAAAAAAUCAUUCAUGAUGUUGAAAUAUAUUGCCGAGCAUUUUAGUGAACACUUUGAAUAUUUUAUGCGUGCUGAUGAUGAUGUUUAUGUGAGGUCAGAUAAGCUAGAAAGUUUUCUUCGUUCAAUUAAUAGUUCAAAGCCUCAUUUCAUUGGACAAGCUGGAAAAGGUAACCAGGAUGAAUUUGGUCAUCUUUCUUUGAAAGAUGAUGAAAAUUUCUGUAUGGGAGGACCCGGUGUAAUUUUGAGUCGAAGUACACUUUUGAAAGUGGCUCCUCAUGUUCGGGAUUGCUUGAAAAAUUUACGGUCUACUCAUGAAGAUGUAGAAGUUGGCCGGUGUGUAAGGAAAUAUGCAGAGGUUCCCUGUACUUGGUCAUAUGAGAUGCAAAGUAUCUUGUAUCAUAAUAGCAGUGGAACUGAAGCCUUUACUGGUUCUCUUAAGCAGCGAGAAGUUCAUCGAGCUAUAACUUUACAUCCUAUUAAAAAUCACACCCAUCUAUUCAGGCUACAUUCAUAUAUUCAAGUUGUGUGGUUUUAGCAUUAUGUUGCUGUUGGUUAUGAGAGAAGCAAUGAUUGUAAGAAUGACUGGAGCUGUUAUGAAUUGAACAAUAACGCGUUAGGCAGUCUGCAAUCAAAUGCCCUGCGCGCUUACAAUUAAAA